UCCACCCCGGAUUGUUAUGGUUACUGCCCGGGGCUAGUGCUUGGUUCUGGUGCCCGGGUGCCUGCUGAGCUGAGUCCCGUCCCGGUAUGGCUGCCACGGGAUAUCGGGCUCCUCAGGAGGAAGACAGCGAUACAGACGAUGUGUUUGUCUCAUCGGAUGAUAUGGCAGUUUCAAGUCAAUUCCUGCAUGAACUUCCCAGCUACCAGUCCAUGUUAAGGCGGAAACCAUCUGUCUAUGGAACCAGGGAAAGACUUCAGAGCAACAGUCGCCAAAUCAGGGCUUCUGUACGAGCAGAUCCAAGCAUUCUGGAGUUUGUCCAAGAUGAUAUACAAGUCCAUUUGAGAGAUUACAUUGCCACUAUUCAAGAAAAAAGAGUAAUUAGAAAUAGGAGGAUAUCUGCUUCUCAAUAUGACACCGAAUGGAAUAAAUGGAAAGAGAACAGGUGGAAGUCUUGGAAAAGGUGCAUUGAAAAGAUUGGUGCAGUAGCUUCCUCGAUGCAGUUAUGGCGACACGACAUUCACAGUAUAGAGGGUAAAUUUGGCACUGGCAUCCAGUCUUACUUCGCCUUCCUGAGAUUUCUUGUGAUCCUGAAUGUAGUCAUAUUCAUAUUAAUGUUUUCUUUCACUAUACUGCCUAUUGCUCUUUCUACAGAGCAGAACAGAAGUUUACUAAUUCCAAGAAACGUUGAUCUUGAAUGCACAGUUUACGCCUCGUCAGGUUACGGACUUCUCUAUUUCUAUAAUAGUAUUAUAGAUCUCCUCUCAGGAACGGGCUACCUUGAAUUCACAUAUCUUUUCUAUGGAUACUACACUGUAAACUCCGUCUCAUUCCCUCUCUUUAAGUACAAUCUGCCACUUGCCUAUGUACUGGUCACAAUAACCUACCUGCUGUUAAGCGUGUUCUGGAUCGUGAAAAGGGCUGUAAGAGGAUUUCGGCAAAGUCUUGUACAUGAACAAGACAGAUUUCAGAGCUACUGCAACAAAAUAUUUGCCGGCUGGGAUUUCUGCAUAACCGAUGAGAACUGUGCCCGUAUAAAGAAGAGCAUCUUGCAGUAUGAGUUAAAAACAGACUUGGAAGAAGAAAAAAUACGUUUAAGAAAAGCGAAACGGACCAGAGGAGAAGCAGUCACAAUCUACAGCGUGCGGAUCCUUUUAAAUAUAAUUGUAAUCGCUAUUUUGGGAAGCUGCUUUUAUGGAAUUUUCUGGGCUACUGUUUAUUCACAGGAAAAUAGCAAUAUAGGAGGCGUGGACGUGCCUUACUCCACAAGCCUGGUAACGGAAUAUUUGCCAUCUAUAGUCAUUACUCUGGCCAACUUUAUCACACCGCUCAUCUUUGAAUUCAUAGUACGUUAUGAAGACUACUCCCCAGCUUUUGAGAUCAAGCUUACACUGAUACGGUGCGUGUUUGUCCGGCUGGCAAGCAUUGUAGUGCUGUUAAUUUCUCUUUGGACACAGAUCACUAGCUGUGGAUCACAGGCCUGCACUUUAUGUGGAUACAACCAUAAAUUAUACCCUUGUUGGGAAUCUCGAGUUGGACAGGAAAUGUAUAAGUUGAUGAUUUUUGACUUCUUGAUCAUUUCAGCAGUAACCCUAUUUGUGGAAUUUCCUAGAAAACUGGUUGUCACAUACUCCUCAUGGAAACCAGCUAAAUGGCUUGGUCAGCAGGAAUUCCAGAUUCCUGAGAACGUUCUACAGAUUGUGUACGGGCAGACAAUCUGCUGGAUAGGAACAUUCUAUUCACCUUUACUCCCUGCCAUUGCAACAAUCAAGUAUGUCCUUGUCUUUUAUAUUAAAAAGGUUACCCUAAUGGAGAAUUGUAAACCUUCAACUCGUCCAUUCAGGGCUUCAAGCUCAAAUUUCUUCUUCUUGAUCAUACUGUUGAUUGGCCUUGUUGUGGCCUGCAUACCCGUUGGGCUUGGCAUUGCAUAUGUACCCUCAUCUAAAGCAUGUGGUCCAUUCUUGAGUUUUAACACAUCGUGGGAAAUAAUACCACGUACAAUCAAUACUUUUCCAAAUGGUAUACAGAAAAUCUUAUAUGGCGCGGCAUCUGAGGCUUUUGCUGUUCCUUUUUUUGUGAUGAUAUGUGUGAUCCUGUGCUACUUUAUCGCUUUGGUUGGAGCGCACAAGAGAAUGGUGGAGCAACUGCGAGAACAAUUAGCUAUGGAGGGCCGAGAUAAGCUUUUUCUUUAUUAGGCAGCUGACUGACGCUCACUUGUCCGGAUCCAAACGACGACGGUGGAUCCCCUCAGCGCAAGAAGUAUCGGAAUCCCACAGCAAUUAAAGGAGCUGGAAGUUUAGGAUUAUGCCUUAAAGUAGCAAAUUUGAAAUCCUAAGAC